AUGCUUGACAAGGACUGGUCUGAUGCGGAGCCCUGCCGCAAGAAGUUCAAGAUCGAAAUCCGCAAACAGAAACGAGCGAUUCUCAUUGCCAACGCGCUGUUGCGUGGAUCAAAGCGCCUUGCUGACACUGCUCACGGACCUGCUAUACACGCCGCCGCGCAAGCCUGGAAGAGACACGCGAAAUUCCUGCCGUACGAAAACUCCGUUGCAGUUCUGAAGAAGAAAUACAGCUUUGCCAACUACAACAAAGAAGUACGUCGUUACGUAUGUCACGGACUUCUCGAGAAGAUCGCAGCGCAAGAGAUACGGGACCAAAUAUACGGAUACCUGGUUGAGCCUGGUCUGGUCACGCUCGUUGAGUCCUGGGAUAGCCUCAGGGACGAGCAUGAGAAAGACCAUAGAUAUCUGGGUAAUCGCCGACAAGCAUGUCUAUCUUCAAGAAACCACGAAUAUUGGAGCUUCGACUUCCUCUGCAAGCAGCCUGAAUUGCCGGAGAUCUUCCAGUGCGAGCAUGUCGGUCACAAGUUCUUAGUUGAACUAGUGCAGCACUGGUACAGAGUCAACACCUUCGUCAUUGAGCGUCCCGAUGACUUGUCUCUUAUCCCGGACUUCGCUAUCCAAGAUCGUUGGCAGCUGGGCAUCGUGCCACGCGAUCAUGUCAAGACUAUAACAUUCUUCAUUCAUAUGGCUUUCGUUGAACGAGAUGGCCAAGGAGUGCCACCACCGCAAUUGCCGCUGCUACGCAAGGGAUUGGAGCAGUUCUUACAGUUCAACCCUGGUACCAAGAUCAAUUUCAGAAUCCUGACAAGCGCACCACCUAGGAGCAGAUUCAUCAGCAGCCCUUUUUCGUCGCGUAAUGUUGUCUCACGGGUACCGCAUGAAUGGUCUCUUUGGGCACGCAAAGAGACCGAGAUACUGAAGUUUGUUGAGGAGCUUGAGAGCGGACUUUUCGAUACGUUCAGGAGACUUUGCCAUGCUGGGCUUCUACUGGUGGUUAACGUGGACCCUUAUCGUGUGGGUCCCAAUUUGGAGAUUAGGGUCAACAAUGAGGAGGAGAUCGCAUAUGAUUCGUGGGCUGAGAAGAUACUGGCCUAUAAAAGUAACUGA